AUGACGGCGUCGGGCCCAUUUCUGUUGGUCUUAGAUUUUGUUCGCAUUGAACUGUUGAUGUUUCUGCGCAGCUCCGUGCGAUCUGGCAGUUUGACGUUGGCCUAUGGAAUUUCUCGGCUGGGUUUCUUUCUUUCGACCCUGGAUUCGGCAACAUUGGACAGUGCUUUGUCUUUGCAAAGCCUUGUUCGCAUGGGUUUCCCGUUGUCUGUUUAUGGCCUUUGCCGUUUGGGCUUCCUGUUGUUGCCCUUGGACUUAGCGAGUCUGGAGUUCUGCCUGCCGUUGCACAGCUCCGCCCGACUCGGUCUGACUUUGUCGGCCUAUGGCCUUACCAGACUCGGCUCGAUUUUGUCGCUGCUGGACUGCUCCCACUUGGAUUUGUCGAUGUUUUUGAGGAGCCAUUUGUGGCUUGAGCCAUUGCUACCGGUCUAUGGAGUGAUGUGCCUGGAGAGUUUGCUGUUGACCUUGGACCUUAUUCACUUGGGGCCAAGUCUGUUGCUUCAUACUCCUGCCAGACUGGGUUUCUUGCUUUUAACCUCAGGAAUGAUUCGAUUGGGCCCUCCUUUGCUGCUGUUGGAUUUCAUGCACUCAGAUUUCUCGGUAUUACCCAGAAGCUGGAUCCGCGUCGACUUUCUUCUGUUGCUCUAUGGAAUGAACUGCUUAGGCUCUAGUUUACCCAUCUGCGACUUUGUAAUGAUGGAACCCGCGUUGUUGCUCCAAAGCCACUUUCGCCCGGGGCUUGCGUUGUCGGUCUAUGGCAUGACAAAACUUGAACCUUCACCACUUGCCUUGGAUUCUGUCCGCCUGGGGUUCUCCAUGCUGUUGCACAGUCAUGUCUAUCCAGGCAACCAGCUGUUGCUAUAUGGACUUGCACAUCCAGGGGACCGACUCUCAGCCCUAGACUUUGUGAGUUUUGCGCUAUCCCUGUUGGCUCAAGGCUUCUGCAGGUUGGGCCACAUUUUGCCGGUCUAUGGAAUGACACGGCCAGAGCCCAUGUUGUUGGUGCUUGACAUCAUUAAUACUGACCCGUUUCUGCCGUUGCGAAGCUUUGCUUACUCUGACAGCAUUUUACCACUUUAUGGAAUGUCGAGUCUGGAAUCAUCUUUGCCAGUGAUGGAUUCUGUGAACACGGGCUCGAUGCUUUUGCCGCGGGCUUUUCUCAAGCCAGGGAGUUUGUUGCUGGUGUAUGGAGUGUCCAAGCUGGGUUUUCCUCUUUUUGCACUGGAUCAUGUAUCUUUAGAGCCAUUGCCUUCGGUCAGAACGCCCAUCUGUUUUGAACUUUCACUCUCUGUCUAUGGCCUUACCCAACUUGAUCCGUCCUUGUCCGUCUUGGACUUUGUCCACAUCGACUUUCCUCUGUUGCUGCGAAGUCUUGCGUGUCUUGAUUUGUUCCUUCUGAUUUUUGGCAUUAGUUGCCUUGAACCUUCACCACCCACACUAGACUAUGUAAACCUGGGGUCGCCUCCGCUGUUGCAAAGUAUGGUUCGCUUGGGCCCUAUUCUGCCAGCUUAUGGACUGGCACGCCCAGACUUCAGCUUGUUGGUUUUGGACUUUAUUCAUUUGGACUUGGUUAUGUCUUUGCAAGCCCUUAUUCGCAUGGGACUUUUCUUGUUGGCUUAUGGAAUAGCUUGCAUGGGACUUCCACCCUUGAUUUUGGACUUUGCGGUUCUGGAAUCUGUUACGUUUAUUCAAGGUCUGACUUCGUUGGCACGUAGCUCUAUUCACAUGGGCAGUCUGAUUUUGGCCUUUGGGAUAUCCUGUUCGGGUCUGUUUAUGUCAAUCCCAGACUUUGUCCAUCUUGGACUCCUGCUGUCCCUGCAUAGCUCUGCGUGUUUGGAAUUACCGCUACUACUAUGUGGAAUGAUGCGACUUGAUUUCUCGCUGUCAACGCUGGACUUCGGUCAUUUUGAUUCCACUAUCCUUCUGCGCAGCUUCGUGUGUCUGGACUUUGCUCUCCCAGUCUACGGCUUUUCAGCUCCAGAGCUUUCCUUGUUGGUUUUGGAUUUUUGCAGCCCUGAUUUCUUCGUGCCCAUAAGGAGCCUCACAUGCCCUGACUUGUCGUUGCUUGCUUGGGGAUUGAGUUGCUUGGGGCUUCUGUUGUUGGCCAUGGACUUUGUGAACAUUGACUCAUUGCCUUCCCUGCGAUCCUUCCUGUGGUUGGGUCUCUCACCAUUUCCAUAUGGAGUCAUGUGCCUGGAGCUGCUACUGUUGCUGCUGGACCCUGUGAACUUUGACCCAGGUCUGCCGCUUCGAAGUUCCUGCCGUUCAGACUUGCUGACAUCAGCCUAUGGAGUUGCGCGCUUGGGGCUGAUGUUGUCGGCCCCAGACUCCAUCCAUUUGGGCAGCCUGUUGUCACCGCAGGCUCUCGCACAAUCGGAACUGAUUCCAUUGCUGUUUGGCUUAAGCUGCCUGGACUUUCUGUUGCUAAUCACUGACUUCGUACACAUUGAAUUGUCCCUUUUGCUGCAAAGCCUUGCUUGUUUAGGUUUACCGAUUUUGACCUAUGGCAUGUCUUGCCUGGGACCUUCAUUGUCCUCGCUUGAUCUUGUACAUCUGGGUUUGCUGGUACCCCUGCAAUCACCAGCACGGUCUGAAAGCAUCUCGUUGGUCUAUGGCAUUGCGUGUUUGGGCUUUUCUUCACCAAUCCUGGACCCUGUCAACACUGACUUGCCACUUUCACCACGAAGUUCUGCCUGA